AUGGAGGCCGACAAAAAGUACGAGGAUGCGGAGUACGCGAUCGCGAUUGAGUUGUAUACAAAGGCGAUCAAGCUGCAGCCGCUAGACAAGGCCACGACGCUCAGUAACCUCUAUGGCAACCGAAGCGCGGCCUACUUUAUGGGUCAACGCUAUGUGGAGUGCAUCUCUGACUGCCUGGAGGUGGCCCGCCUCGAACCGAAGAACUCGAAGAAGAUUAUUUCCCGUGCGGCCUCCUCCGCCGCGGUGAUGGGGGACCUCUCGCAGGCCAUCGAGCUCCUUGAGAAGAUACCGCCUGAAGACCUCACAGAGGGGAUCUCGAUCGAGCUCAGCAAGUAUCGGAGCGGGCUCGACAUUUACAAACGCGCCGAGCGAGAUUUCGGCACCCCCGACGGCGACGAGUUAUACCGCAUGUUGGUCGCGCAGUUCAGCGGUACCGUCCCCUUCCGCGUGCGCUACGCGGAGUCGUUGAUGAAGCAGAAGCACUAUGCGAAGGCAGUGGAGGCGCUUGAGGUGGUCACCUCCUCCGCGAGGACAGCGCAGCUGUGCAAGAUCAUGGCAAUCUGCUUCUACCAAUCUGGGUUCGAAUUCUUCGAGCGCGCGCGGUCGUGCUUGGGAAAUCCCUCCAAACACGACCCGGACUGCGCAGAAUUGCUCAAACUCAUCGAGCUCGUUGAGGAAGCUAAGCAAAAAGGCAACCAUGCUUUUUCGACCAAAGAGUUUUCCACGGCUGUGGCACAGUACACCGCUGCUAUUCAGCUUGCCAUGGAUAAUGAUCAAAUUCUUCGAAUUCUAUACUGCAAUCGCGCGGCUGCGCAGAAAGAGCUAGGCAAUUAUCGCGAUGGCAUUACUGACUGCUCUAAUGCCAUCUUGCUAGACAAGGAUUUUUGCAAAGCGUAUGUACGUCGUGCACGGUGUUACCAACACCUAGGGGAGCAUUUCGCCGCAGUGCAGGAUUUCAAAAAGGCGUUGGAGUAUGACCCUUCCAACCGUGAGUUAGCCAAGGAGCUGAAAGGCGCGGAGUACAAUCUCAGCAAGGAGUCUGAGCUGGAGAAAGACCUUUAUUUCCAGUUAGGCUUACCGCGUACAGCCACAGACCGGGAAAUCAAAGCCAAGUAUCGCGAGCUGUCGUUGCGAUGGCACCCAGACAAGUGCAUCGGCUUAAGCACAAUCGAAAAGGAACGAUCAGAGCACAAAUUCAAACUCAUUAGUGAGGCCUACGCCACACUGAUCAACCCGUCUAGGCGACGGGACUACGAUCUAAAAAUGGACCGUGAGCGUCUUUCCCGCCCCGGCAUGUAUGGCAGCUUUUCAGCCACGUACAGUAAUUCAGGAGAAUACUACCGAAGUCAAACUCGCCACCGUUCGGGCCCGGGAGGCUUCUGGUAA